CAGAGAUGUAGCGUGUCUGUUGGUGAGAUCGUUGGACCAUCAUGCACCUCUUCCUGCUGCUGAUCCUUCAAGCCACAGCAGCCUUUGGACAGGUCGACCCUGCACACUGUCGCUAUGCCUUGGGCAUGGAGGAUGGUCGCAUCAAAGAUGAAGACAUCACAGCAUCCAGCCAAUGGUAUGAGACCACAGGACCACAGUACGCCAGGCUGAACCGUGAGGAGGGAGAUGGCGCCUGGUGUCCUGAGGGUCAGCUGGAACCUUCGGACAGUCAGUACCUGCAGGUGGACCUGGGCAGACUGACCUUCCUGACCGUGGUCGGGACUCAGGGACGAUACGCCAGGAACUCUGGGAACGAGUUCGCCCGAGCUUACCGCGUCAACUACAGCAGGGACGGCCAGCUGUGGAAGUCCUGGAAGAACCGGCUGGGAAACACGGUGAUGGAGGGAAACAAAAACGCCUACGCCUCCGUCAUCAACGACCUCCACCCCCCGGUCAUCACCCGAUACGUCCGGCUGAUCCCGGUCACCAAACUGUCGACCACCGUGUGCAUGCGAGUGGAGCUGUACGGCUGUCCGUGGGAGGACGGUCUGAUCUCAUACGACACUCCGGAGGGUCAGCUCAUGAUGCCGCCCGGUUACCCCAUCGCCAGCCUCAACGACUCCACGUACGACGGAUCCCACGAGAGAAGGAAGCUCUUCGGUGGGAUGGGUCAGCUGACGGACGGCGUGAUCGGUCUGGACGACUUCGUGCUGACGCGUCAGUACCACGUGUGGCCGGGGUACGACUACCUGGGCUGGAGGAACGACUCGCUGGGGACGCAGGGGUUCGUGGAGAUGGAGUUUGAGUUCGACCGGCCGAGGAACUUCACCUCCAUGAAGGUUCACAGUAACAACAUGUUCUCCCGCGGCGUGAAGAUCUUCUCCUCCGUGUCCUGUUGGUUCAAGCCCCCCCUCAUCCUCGGCUGGGAGGCGGAGCCAGUGGCGUUCAAGACGGUGCUGGACGACAGAAACCCCAGCGCCCGCUACGUCACCGUGCCCCUGAACGGACGCACCGCCAAAUACCUCCGCUGCCGCUUCUACUUCGCCGACGUCUGGAUGAUGUUCAGCGAGAUCUCCUUUCAGUCGGAGGACACCGUAAUCCCGACCCAGACGACCCUCCUUGUGACUUCCUCUCCACCCAGUAAGGGUAGCACCGUGCCAACCACAUCGCAGAUAGCAGCUAAUUCCUCCGCCAGCGUCCCGCCAGAUGACGGGAAAACACCCAUCCUGAUUGGCUGCUUGGUGACCAUCAUCCUGCUGCUGGUCAUCAUCAUCUUCCUCAUCCUGUGGUGUCAGUAUGUCUGUAAGGUGCUGGAGAAGGCUCCACGUCGGAUCCUUGACGAGGAGGUGACAGUCCGGCUCUCGUCCUGCAGUGACACCAUCAUCCUCCAGACCCCCCCUGUGCCCCCCCGCUCUGGUCACUCAUCUACAGGCCCCGCCAACACGGACCCUCACUACGAGAGAGUCUUCCUGUUGGACCCCCAGUACCAGAACCCAGCGGUGCUGAGGAACAAGCUGCCGGAGCUGUCGCAGAGUGCAGAGGCCUCAGCUUGUGGAGGAGGCUACGCCGAGCCCGACAUCACCCAGUGCACGCCACACCAGUGUUUCCACAGCAACGCGCCGCACUACGCCGAGACGGACAUCGUGAGGCUGCAGGGCGUCACGGGAAGCAACAUGUACGCCGUCCCCGCGCUCACCGUGGACUCGCUCACCAGGAAGGACAUCUCUGCCGCAGAGUUCCCACGGCAACAGCUGAUCUUCAGGGAGAAGCUGGGGGAGGGGCAGUUUGGAGAGGUUCACCUUUGUGAAGCUGAGGGACUCCCAGAGUUCCUCGGGGAGGGGUCGCCUCUCCCGGACAGAGACGAACAGUCAGUUCUAGUGGCUGUUAAACAGUUAAGAGCCGACGCUACGAGCCAAGCCAGAAAUGACUUCCUGAAGGAGAUAAAGAUCAUGUCUCGUCUGAACGACCCCAACAUCAUCCGCCUGCUGUGCGUGUGUGUGUCGUCCGACCCUCUGUGCAUGGUGACCGAGUACAUGGAGAACGGAGACCUCAACAUGUUCCUGUCACAGCGGGAGAUCGAGAGCACGCUCACACACGCCAACAACAUCCCUUCAGUCAGUCUGUCCGACCUCCUCCACAUGUCGGUGCAGAUCUCCUCAGGGAUGAAGUAUCUGGCGUCCCUGAACUUUGUGCACCGCGACCUGGCCACCAGGAACUGCCUGCUGGACCGCCGUCUCACCAUCAAGAUCGCAGACUUUGGGAUGAGCAGGAAUCUGUACAGCAGCGACUACUACCGCAUCCAGGGCCGGGCGGUGCUGCCUAUACGAUGGAUGGCCUGGGAGAGCAUCCUGCUGGGUAAAUUCACCACUGCCAGUGACGUGUGGGCGUUCGGUGUCACCCUGUGGGAGAUCUUCACACUGUGUAAGGAGCAGCCCUACAGCCUGCUGUCUGACGAACAGGUCAUAGAGAACACUGGCGAGUUCUUCAGGAACCAGGGCAGACAGAUCUUUCUCUACGCGCCUCCACUCUGCCCUCCUUCACUCUUCGAGCUGAUGAUGCGCUGUUGGAGUCGCGACAUCCCCGACCGACCCUCCUUCGAGGGACUUUACCAAGCCCUGAGGCCCCACGUCAACCAGUGAGCUGAGACCACCAGGGCGCACCACUCAGGCUCUGGUUUGGCGGCGGGGUUUUUGUCCGUCUCUGGACUCCUGUGAGACAAAAGACUGACACGAGAGGACAGAGGACUGGACUUGUGUUAAAGGGACAGUGGUCGGAUGAGACAUGAAAUAACUGUGGGACGACGAUGGAUGGUUUGAAAUGUGGUAACAACAGCGCUCUGAUCUGGAGACAGACGGAGAGACGGACGCUCAUCUGAAAGGAGAACGUUUUUGCUUCAUGAGAUUUUAAAAUCCAAACCUUUUCAAUAGUGAACAAAGAUUUUAAAGCUUUUUAGGUUUUCUAUCAACGCUGAUUUCAUCUUUUUAAAGCCCUGUAGACGAACACACCUCGGUGGACCUUUCUUUACUUCUUUCUCCUGUGGCUCCCAAAGACGCCGACAACUGGACAGACUCUUCAUUCUCGUAGUGUCUCCUCCCCCCCCCUGUGGUUUUUAUUAUUAUUGUAAAGCACUGUCUGUGUCUCUCAGUUAUUCAUGUUCAUAUAUUAACCCACACUGGAGCUAGGGCUAGGGUCAAAUUGUAGAGUAGUUCUAUUUUUAGAUUUUUAAUUCUAUUUUAUUUCUUGUUUUUACAGUAUUUCAUGUUUGUUGUUUCCGUCAUGUGGUCGUGAAUGUUGUUCAGAC